AUGGCGCCCAAAGAGCUCAACUUCAUAACGGGGAACAAGAACAAGCUCGCUGAAGUCAAGGUCAUGCUGGGCGAUGUAGUCGACCUGAGAAGCCAAGCAUUGGAUCUGGUAGAGAUACAAGGGUCAAUCGACGAAAUUUCUGCAGACAAGUGUCGACGAGCAGCAGAAGCUGUUCAAGGGCCGGUGCUGGUAGAAGAUACAUGCCUGUGCUUUAAUGCAUUGAAGGAGCUUCCCGGACCGUACAUUAAAUGGUUUCUGGAAGCGUUAGGCCUCGAAGGCCUUAAUAACCUCCUCGCCGGCUUCUCAGACAAGUCCGCGCAGGCUGUGUGUACAUUUGCAUAUAGCGCCGGCCCCGGUCACGAACCAAUUAUCUUCCAAGGCCGCACCGAUGGCAAGAUAGUACCGGCACGAGGACCGCCGAAUUUUGGCUGGGAUCCGAUUUUCGAAUAUGAAGGUAAGACGUAUGCCGAGAUGGACAAAGUGGAAAAGAACAAGAUCUCCCAUCGAUUCAUCGCGAUGGAAAAGUUGAAAACAUGGCUGCAAGAGCCGUCAUCCUGA